AUGUCCUCAGACUUUUCCGACCGCUCAGAGACGGCUCCUCUGCUGCGCCCGGAUGACUCGCCUGAAAGGCACUCUCCCUCGCGGGCGGACUACCGCACGCUGAGUCUUGUCGUGGGUGCCAUUAUCUUUUGGCGACAUUUGCCGAUGAGCUGCGGAAAGCGCCCAUGCUCGCUGCCCUCGAACUGGCCGUGUGCCGGCGCGCCAGCCCAACGUGUGAUCCUGCGAUUGACGGUGGGAUACGUGUAUGGGGCACUGUCCCGUAACUGGGGUAAACGGACCGUGCUGCUGCUGGCCACAUUGGGCAUGGCAUUGGAAGUCGCAUGGUUCGUGUUGGCGCGCAAACGUCCAUUUUCCCUCCUUCGGCUGUCCUGGGCGGCUUUGCAUUUCUAUUCAUUGGCGGAGGACCGCAAAGUCUUCAAUGCUCUUCUGCUGACAAUUCUCGCCGAAGCGGUUCCCAAUACAAAACAAACCGCCUUUUUCUGGCGCACUGGGGCCGCCGGGUUGGUCGCCACCUUCCUUGCGCCGCCUGCGUCCGGGGUCAUGAUGAGUGUGUUGCCCGCAGUGAUGGUGUGCGGGAUUGGCGUGGCGAUAUUUUCGCUCUUGUUGCCUCUCAUUUGCUAUUUGCCUGGCGCCGCCGCUGCAGCCACCCAGGUGGAGAGGGAUACAGAACCCAAGUCUAUCCUCCACUCGAUUCGGUCCGGUUGGAAGGAGAAUACCAGCUUGAUAUACGGACUUCUCUCACAUGGCGGCGUGAUACGGUCGGCUGCCUUUGCUGAUUUGGUCUCGACGCUGGCCCCGAACAUUCUGAUCGUCCUGCUCCAGCAUAUGUCGAAUCAAUUUGGUUGGAGCCAUGCAGAGGCAACGCUCAUCUACAGUAUCAAGGGAGCAAUCGGCCUGUUUCUAUUCACCGUGGGACUUCCUUGGAUCCACCGCUACCUGACCCAUCGACUGCGUCUCUCCAGUCCAUGGCCUGAUCUGUGGAUGUCCCGAGUCCUCAUCCUUUUUCUUCCGGGAGGAUCCUUGUUGAUCGGUAUCGCUCCGACAGCAUCCUGGGCUAUUGCAGGUCUCGCCCUAUUCUCCUGCGGCACCGGAAUCAGCAUGUUCCUCAAAUCCGCCAGCGCCAUCAGUCUCCCGAAAGAUCAGGUUUCUCGGCUGUAUACCGGACUGGCUGCCGUGGAAACCCUGGGAGCUAUCUUGGGGAGUCCGUUAUUGUCGUGGGUGUAUGCAGCGAGUCUGCGGACUCAUCAUCCUGCGUUCGAGGGGGCGCCUUUUCUUCUCUCAUCGUUGGCCUAUUCGGCCGCUGCUAUUGCUAUCUGGACCGUGUCGGUACAAUGA